AUGCUGGCCAUCAUGGGAGCAUCGGGCGCCGGGAAGAGCACCUUGCUGGACACGCUGACCAUGCGCAAGACGCUGGGAGACGUCUCCGGCAGCGUGUUUAUGAACGGGCGGGAGCAAGAUGAACGAUUCUUCUUCGCGUCCGCCUAUGUGGCGCAGGAGGAUAAUUUGAUCCCCACGAAUACGGUGCGGGAGACUGUAGAGUUCUACGCCGAGCUGACCAUGCCUCGAAGUACACCACUCGCCAUGCGUCAGAGGGCAGUCUCAGAACGACUCCAGGCUGUUGGCCUGUCCGACAAGGAGAACAAGUUCGUCGGGGGCAAGCUGCCUGGUGGGUUCUCCAUCCGCGGACUGUCUGGAGGUGAGAGGCGGAGGCUCAACAUUGCUGCAGGUGUUGUCCACUCACCUCCGCUGGUGUUCCUAGAUGAGCCAACAAGCGGGCUGGAUGCCUUCUCUGCCUUGUGCGUGAUGGAAAGCAUCCGGGCCUUGAUCAGGGCCGGCCAUGCCGUUGCCUGCACAAUCCACCAGCCCCGGCAGGCCAUUGUAGACAUGUUCGACAAAGUCUUGUUCCUGGCCUGCGGACGCCUCGUCUACAACGGGCCCCCGAACGGCUUGAAGAAAUGGCUUACCGAGGCAAACCUUUGGGACCCGGAGCGUGCGAUAUCCACGUCCAUCACGGACAUGGUCUUGGACUGUAUCACCGUGGGCUUUGACAAGAGCGAAUCCAUAUAUGGUUCCCGGACGCUGAGAGACGAGGAGGACGUUGAGCGACUGGCCGAGUCCUACCUCCACUCGGUUUCUGGACGAACCAUCACCCCGGACGCUUCUCCACAGAGCUUCAUGAUGCUGAAUUCUCGGCCGAACGUGCUACACCAGUACUGGACUCUCCAGCGUCAGCAACUUCGGAGCUCCCUACGGAGCCCUGGGACCCUGGCGGCGCGGAUCGGCCUUCACUUUCUCAUCGGCUUGCUGAUGGGAUCCGUGUAUUUUCAGAUGAACCGCAGCUACAUCCUUGCUCCGGAAGGAGUCUGGCAACUGCUCCCGCUUCCGCUUCAGCGACACUCCACCAUGCCCGAAGACCGCGUGGGAGUUCUAUUUCUCCUAGCUUUGGCACAAACAGUGACUCCAAACUGCGCCAUGCCAUUCUUCAUAGAUGAUCGCCAGUACUAUACCAAAGAGUCGGCUGCACGCUUGUACGGAGCUUUGCCCUAUCAUCUCGCAAACGUCGUGAGCGAAGCCGUGGUGUGUGCUGUGAAUGGUGUGCUCGCCUCGGGAAUCGCCACCUUGAUGGCAGGCCUACCCCUCAGUGGCAACUGGUACUCCACCAUGUCCUUCCUAGUUUCGCACCACAUGUGCGCCUCAGCGCUGGUGCAGAUGUGCGCUCGGCUGGCUCCGAACCAGGAUGUUGCGUUUGUCCUGAGCGCUGGAUACAUCAUCGUGUGCAUGCUCUUCGCCAAUGUUGUGGUAAAGGUUGCCACGGUGACGCCUUUGCUGGCGUGGAUGCGCUGGUGCACCUUCCUUUACUUUUCAAUGGCAGGGCUCAUCGAGGCAGAGUUUGCUGGCACGAAGGAAGAAGACUUCCCGGCAGGAGACCGUGUGGUUGACACGUUUCGCAUUCACUGGGGUGAGGGCCAAGAUGCCUACACUCUGAGUGAGGGAGACUGCUUCCUCUGCUUGUGGUGCUUUUAUCUGCUCUUCUCAAUGGUGGGCUAUUUCGCGUUGAAGUUUGGAAGCAGGUCUCAGGUAUGA